AGAUAUUCAGACACCUUCCGUUCAGUUUGAAUUUGGAUUGCAGUGAGAACGGUUUGAGUUGAAAUUUGGCGCGCUAAAAUCUUGUAAUCGUCGAGGAUCAACCCCCAUUGAAGAUGGCCCUGUCCAGAGUGCUCCCGGCGGUGACGAUCGUCACCGUAGCCCUGUUCUGCAUUCACGCAAACAGCCAGUCAUGUCCGGAUAAGAAUGGCCGAUUUCCGGUUUCGGGCGAGUGCGAUGCCUACCUCGAAUGUAUUGAGGGUGUCCCGAACCGUAAGCUCUGUCCGGAUGGACUUCUAUUCAACGACAAAGCCAAUCUGUUCGCCUACCCGUGUCAAUACCCGAUCGACGUAGAUUGCGGCAGCCGCACACGAACCCAACCCGCUAUUCCGACCGAGGAUUGCCCGCACCAGUUUGGAUACUACAAACUGGGAGAUCGUGCCGAUUGCGCUCGUUUCAUGAACUGCGACAACGGUCGGGGUCACGUACUGGAAUGUCCGUACGGACUUGCUUUCAACAGUGCCACUUACCAGUGCGAUUGGCCAGAUCUGGUGGAGGAUUGUGACGCUGCGGCUUAUCUUGGAUUCAGUUGCCCACCUCAGGGCGAGCUGGUUGCACCGAUACGGUUCUUCCGGGCCCAGGACAACUGUCAAAAGUACUUCAUCUGCGUUGGCGAUAGCCCAAGGGUCAACCUAUGCGGACCGGACAAGGCGUUCAAUGAACUCAUCAACGCCUGCGACGGUUUUGAAAAUGUUACUGGGUGUGCUUUUUAAAGUUGAGCAAGAUCUGGUAGGACUGUAAAUAACGCACCUUGCAAAAUACUCAAUCACCUAGCACUUAGGACUUAGUUCGGUAUUUCAGAAAUAAAAAUGAACUAUAGUAAUUGUAA